UGCUGCCUGAACCCGGAGAGAUGGGAGCAAACAGCAGCAAUGAUGUAACCCCAAGCGGGGCGCGCAAGUCCUGGUGAUCGCCCUGCGCCGCCGCUUUGGAUCCGAGCCGCCGCGUGCGCGGCUGUUGCGCCCCGCACCGCCGCCCUCCCGCUUCUCGCCCUCCUCCUCCUCCUCCCCAUCAGCCUCUUCCUUGUGACGAUGUCGCCUUUCGGGAAGAAGCAGACGCGGCGCCGGGCUUGUCCUCGGGGAACCUCCCGGCCGAGAUGUCCCGGCGGCGCCCCCGGAUCCCUGGCCUCCUGAAGCGGCUCGGUGGGUCCCUCGAGGCGGCGGCCCAGCACCCCCACGGCUAGCCGGGAAGGGGGUGGGCCGCCCCCCGCCUGGAGGGAGAGGAGGAAGAGGAGGAGGAGGAGGAAGGGGCGGCUUCCCUGGAGGGCUCCGCUCUUUCGGCUGCCGGCCCUGCUCCUCGGCCCUCGCCCGGCGGGGACCCCGUCUCCAAGAGCAGCCCAGCCAGCAAGGAGAUGACGAGCGCGGCGUCCGGGCAGCUGGCGGCCGCCCCUUGAGCCUGGCGCUGGUGGGGGGCCGGCCGGUUGGCCGGCUGGGUGGAGAGAAAAGAAGAAGAAGAAGAAGAAGAAGAAGCAGCAGAAAAAGACGGUUGGCACAGCCGGGUCUCCCCUCCGCCCUCCAAGCUGCGCCCACCGCCUGGGGCUCAUCGCCCUCCUCGCUCGCGGCGGGCCCGGGCCAUGGAUCGCUUGCCGCCGUCGAUGCGCAAGCGGCUCUACAGCCUCCCGCAGCAGAUCGCGCCCAAAGCCUCGCUGAUGGACGAGGAAGAGGAGGAGGAGGAGAGCGGCGGGGGAGGUGAAGGCGGAGGAGGAGGAGGAGGAGGAGGAGGCGGCGGCUGCAAAGAUGCCCGGCGCAAGAGCAUCCGCCUGCACCCGCUCUCGCCCUCGGCGGCCGCAGGAGCUUCGGCGGAGCCGUCGAGGCCCGGCCCGGGAUCCAGAGCCUCGGAAGGCGGCCCUGCGGAGAGCGCAGAGGCGGCGGCCGGUGGGCUUGGCCGGCCGAGCGCCAAGAGCAGCACCAACGGCGACUGUCGGCGUCUGAAGGGCAGCCGCUCCUCUCUGGCCAGCCGCCACCCGCACGACUCGGGCGAGGGUCGCCGCCUGAUCGGCCACCAAGGCGAAGCCGCUUCCCCGGGCGACGAGCGGAGCCCCCCGGGCCUGGCGGACGCCCCCACUGCCGCCGCGCCGCCGCCCCUUCCUCCUCUUCCUCCACCCCCGGCGGCCGCUCCCCGCCAGGACCCGCCGCCCGACGCGGCCUUCGUGAAGGUGGAAAGCCCCGGGGCUUCGGGGGACCAGAUCAGCCCGGACGACGAGCUUCGCCUGGGCCAAGCCGGCUUCAUGCAGCGCCAGUUCGGCGCUCUGCUGCAGCCCGGCGUGAACAAAUUCUCCCUGCGGAUGUUCGGCAGCCAGAAGGCGGUGGAGAGGGAGCAAGAGAGGGUCAAAUCGGCCGGCUUCUGGAUCAUCCAUCCUUACAGCGACUUCAGGUUCUAUUGGGACCUCACCAUGUUGCUCCUCAUGGUUGGAAACCUGAUCAUCAUUCCAGUAGGCAUCACCUUCUUCAAGGAUGAGAACACCACCCCGUGGAUUGUCUUCAACGUGGUCUCGGAUACCUUCUUCCUCAUUGACCUGGUGCUCAAUUUCCGCACGGGGAUUGUGGUGGAAGACAACACGGAGAUCAUCCUUGACCCCCAGAGGAUUAAGAUGAAGUACCUCAAAAGCUGGUUUGUGGUGGAUUUUAUCUCGUCCAUUCCGGUAGACUACAUUUUCCUGAUUGUGGAGACCCGCAUCGAUUCGGAGGUAUAUAAGACGGCCCGAGCUCUGCGGAUCGUCCGUUUCACCAAAAUCCUCAGCCUCUUGAGGCUCCUGAGACUGUCUAGGCUCAUACGGUACAUUCAUCAGUGGGAAGAGAUCUUCCAUAUGACCUACGACCUGGCCAGUGCCGUGGUACGGAUCGUCAACUUGAUUGGCAUGAUGCUGUUGUUGUGCCAUUGGGAUGGCUGCCUCCAGUUCCUGGUGCCCAUGCUCCAAGAAUUUCCAGGGGACUGUUGGGUUUCGCUGAAUCGUAUGGUGAAUGACUCCUGGGGGAAGCAAUACUCGUAUGCGCUAUUCAAGGCUAUGAGUCACAUGCUAUGUAUCGGCUACGGACAGCAGGCCCCAGUGGGCAUGUCUGACGUGUGGCUCACAAUGUUAAGCAUGAUCGUUGGCGCCACGUGCUAUGCCAUGUUCAUCGGCCACGCCACGGCCCUUAUCCAGUCUCUGGAUUCCUCACGGCGACAGUAUCAGGAGAAGUACAAGCAAGUCGAACAAUACAUGUCUUUCCACAAACUUCCAGCUGAGAUGCGCCAAAGGAUCCAUGACUACUAUGAACAUCGGUAUCAGGGCAAAAUGUUUGAUGAGGAGAGCAUCCUGGGAGAACUAAGUGAGCCCCUGAAAGAGGAGAUCAUCAACUUUAACUGCAGGAAACUGGUGGCUUCCAUGCCUCUAUUCGCCAACGCCGACCCCAAUUUCGUAACCUCCAUGCUGACCAAGUUGCGCUUUGAGGUCUUCCAGCCAGGGGACUACAUCAUCCGAGAAGGCACCAUCGGGAAGAAGAUGUACUUCAUCCAACAUGGGUUGGUGAGUGUGCUCACCAAAGGCAACAAGGAGACCAAACUGGCCGAUGGUUCCUACUUUGGAGAAAUUUGCCUGCUGACUCGUGGUCGGCGCACAGCCAGCGUGAGAGCUGACACGUACUGCCGUCUCUACUCACUUUCGGUGGACAAUUUCAAUGAAGUAUUAGAGGAAUAUCCCAUGAUGAGGAGGGCCUUCGAAACAGUGGCACUGGAUAGGUUGGACCGCAUUGGGAAGAAGAACUCCAUCCUUCUCCAUAAGGUCCAACAUGACCUCAACUCCGGUGUCUUCAACUACCAGGAGAACGAGAUCAUCCAACAAAUUGUGCAGCAUGACCGAGAAAUGGCCCACUGUGCCCACAACAUCCAAGCGGCAACGGCGGCGGCAGCAUCGACUCCCACGCCUGUAAUUUGGACCCCGCUGAUCCAGGCUCCUCUGCAGGCUGCCGCCGCCACCACUUCGGUAGCAAUAGCGCUGACUCACCACCCACGCCUUCCCACAGCCAUUUUCCGUCCUCCGGUCUCCGUUCUGGGUUCUCUGGGGCAGACGCAAAGCCAGACUCCGAGGCGCUUGAGGAGACUCCAUUCCUUGGUGUCUUCUGCCGGACCUUCCAUUGUGGGUUCCCCGUCAAGCACGCCAUCCCAACAGCUCACGCCAGGGAUGGAGACCCUUUCCUCCUCCUCCUUUCAGAUCCAGCAGUUGGCUGGGUUUACUGCAUCAGCCACCCUGGGUCCGUUGCACCGGUCCUUGGCCAGCUCUCCAUCCGUUGGGUCGACGCAGCAAAACCUGGGCAGCCCAACAUCUACCGGACUGGAGCAGCUGUGUCCUGGGCCGCUGGAUUUGACAGAAGGGGCCGCUCGGCAGCAGGCUUCAGACACCAGCUUUGGCCCAUUCCAGAAGGCUCCUCCAAGGUCGCCCCCCGCCACCGCCCCCACCUCAUUCCCUCAACUCUCUUCAAAUUCCCCCAUUAGUCCUUGCAGCCGCUUGCAACCUACGGGCAGGCCCCACUCCACGGGGCAGCUGUUGCAGCUCUCAGGAACUGGAGGGACCAACCACUUCCAGUUGCCCCCUUCAUCCAGUUCUCCCUCCUCUGGCUUACGCCAGCUGUCCCAGGCCUCGGGAGGCCCCCCUCCUGCCUCCGGCCCCACCCAGCCAAGUGCAUUAGGCUCUUCCGCCGAGCCGGCCACUGUUGCUCAGUUGCACCAGGAACGAUCCUCCUUCGCUUCCCUGUCUCCCCCAAAGCCCGGUCCUGUACCCCCACCCUUGUACCCCCUACCAUCAGGCCUUAGCCCUCCCAGUCAAAGCCUGCCCCCCAGGACUUUCCAGCGCAGCCCGUCAGGGACGCUGGGUUCUCAAGGCUCUUUGCUCCUGCCUCAGACCUCCAGCCCACCUCCCCAGGUGCUCCCACCCCGGAGUCGGCCACUGGUUUUGCCAGGACGAUUAACCCAGGACCUCAAGUUGAUCUCCGCCUCCCAACCGACUCUUCCCCACGAAGCAGCGCAGACUUCGAGCCCGCAUUCCUCCUCCCGGGAGUCCGUUUCUAGCUUCUCUUCGUUCUCCGGAGGAGGAGGAGGAGGCAACGUCAGUGACAUCGGGGGAGGCCCCAGACCUCUGGGGAAGCCAUAUAGUUCGGGGCCAGGACGGGUCACGCUACCACGCCAGACAUCUUCAGGUUCUCUGCCCCAACCUCCAGCAUUUGCCAUCUCCUCCUCUAUGCCCUCUGCCGAAAGGAAAGGAUCUCUAAAGCUGAGCGGGGAACAAGAGCCCACCCGCUCAAAACUGCCUUCCAACUUGUGAGAUACUCCUUCUCCCCCCCUACACCUUUCUGCCCCAGCCCCCUUUCCUCCCAUUUCCAAGAGCCCCCUUUGUUUUCAUUUUCUGCUUUUCAGGUCCCAGCAAACAUUGAUGCGCCUCGGUUUCCCUCCUUCGAUUUCUUUGAGUUUAAUAACGAGAUCAAAAUAAGAACAAGGGCGAUACACACACACACACACACACAAGAUAACCAGGUAUUCUUAGAGCUAUAGAUUUUCAGUCACUUUCUUUUAUAGAAUAUUUUACUACAUGGAGCAAGAGGUUGGAAAAGAGGCACGGGAUCAAUGCAGAGUGAUAAUGGGGCACUCAUGAUGCCUUUCGCUUCCACCUAACCCAAUUGUUUUUCCAAUGGAGAGAUUCCACCCUGAGAUUGGCAUUCAAGGGUCUUUUCUCAGUAGGGGCACCCCCCCCCCUUUUCCCCGUUAAAAUUUGGGUAUUUCAGCUUUUGGGGUUGUACCCACUCAGGUUCUCAUCUAAGGAAGCUUCCGGUGGAGAUUCUCCAUCAUCCAGGUCAUGGUUGAGCCGAAGGUGCUAUUUUUUUCAAGAGGCAAUUAAUUAUUAUUAUUUUAUUUGAUUUAUAUGCCGCCCUUCUCUGGAGACUCAGGGCGGCUUACAAUGCGUUAAGCAAUAGCCUUCAUCCUUUUGUAUAUUUAUACAAAGUCAGCUUAUUGCCCCCACAAACUGGGUCCUCCUCAGAAUUGGACCUUCUGGUUUUUCUUUUGAAGAUGUUUCGCUUCUCAUCAGGGGUGAAAUGUAAAAUGUGUUAUUACCGGUUCUGUGGGCGUGGCUUGGUG